AUGUCAACCUUUCUCGCUGGUAACAUAACCACCAACUAUGAUCGAAGUCGCCGAACAGUCGGGGCAUCUCCUCAGGACCCGGCUGCAGACUACCCCUAUGCCGACAAGACCUUUUCAACCGACGGCGGACCGGUGGUAGACGACAGCCAGCAGGAAAACAGAGAAGUGCGCGACCUUGCACGACAAUACUCACGCACUUCCACAGAGAUUGGCUUUCAUCCUUUUGACAGCGCCGGCGUCGAUUCGGAAGUCGAUCCCAACUCCGACAACUUCAAUGGCCGAGCAUGGACCAAAGCGAUGCUGAAACUCCAGAAAAUGUCUGGCCAGGAGAAUGUCGGAAGAUCUGCUGGCUUCGCUUUCCGGAAUCUCUCCGCCUUUGGCUUUUCAAAGGGUAGUGACUUCCAAAAGACGGUCGACAAUUACAUUCUAGCUGGAGCCGAUCUUGUCCGGUCUCUUACUGGCAACAAGGGCCGUCGUGUUGAUAUCUUGCGCAAUUUCGAAGGCGUGGUACAGCCCGGUGAGAUGCUGGUUGUGCUUGGCCCUCCCGGAUCCGGCUGUUCGACUUUUUUGAAGACAAUUGCGGGAGAGACGCAUGGCUUCUCGCUGAGCGACGACACCUAUAUCAACUACCAAGGUAUCAGCUACAAGCAAAUGCACCACAACUUCCGAGGCGAAGCUAUUUACACAGCUGAGCAAGACAUUCAUUUUCCCAUGCUGACUGUCGGCGACACCUUGUUGUUUGCUUCUCGUGCCAGAACUCCGCAAAACCUGAAGCUUCCCGAGGGAGUCACCAAAGGCAUGUAUGCAGCGCAUCUACGAGACGUCGUCAUGGCCACUUUUGGCAUUCGACAUACCAUCAACACAAAAGUCGGCAACGAUUUUGUCCGUGGAGUCAGCGGUGGUGAGAGAAAACGAGUCUCGAUCGCUGAGGCCACUCUCAGCGGUGCUCCGUUACAGUGCUGGGACAACAGUACCCGAGGUCUGGAUUCAGCCAAUGCCAUUGAAUUUUGUAAAACCCUUCGAACAUCGACUGAUUUGAAUGAUACCACUGCGGCUGUGGCCAUCUAUCAAGCUCCUCAGAGUGCCUACGAUUACUUUGACAAAGUUAUUGUGCUCUAUCAGGGCCGUCAAAUUUAUUUUGGGCGAACAACAGACGCUCGUCGCUACUUUGAAGAGAUGGGUUUUGAGUGUCCCAAGCGCCAGACAGAUCCCGAUUUCCUCACAUCUAUGACCAAUCCAAUUGAGCGUAUUGUCAAGAAAGGGUUUGAGGGAAAAGUGCCACGGACCCCUGACGAAUUCGCAGAGCGUUGGCAAAACAGCGAAGCCCGUCGACAACUUCUCAAGGAAAUUGAUGAGUUCGAGACGGCCAAUCCUAUUGGAGGGCCAAAUUUCCACGCGUUCCAACAGUCGCGGCGUAUUCAGCAGUCCAAAGCCCAGCGCAAGUCUUCUCCUUACACUCUGUCCUACGGAGGUCAAGUCUCACUAUGUCUAUGGCGAGGCUUCAAGCGACUCAAGGACGACCCUAGUAUCACCAUCACCCAGUUAUUCGGCAAUUGUGUCAAUGCGCUUGUUGUUUCCUCACUAUUCUACAAUUUGCCAGCAAAUAGUGAUUCCCUCCGUGCCCGAGCCUCACUGAUCUUCUUCGCGGUCCUGCUCAACGCUUUCGGAAGCGCCCUUGAAAUCCUCACUCUCUAUGCACAAAGACCAAUUGUUGAGAAGCAUACCCGUUAUGCACUCUACCACCCGUCGGCUGAGGCAUUUGCUUCGAUGCUUACAGAUAUCCCGGCCAAAACUCUCAACGCUAUCGGAUUCAACUUGAUUCUUUAUUUUAUGACCAAUCUGCGUCGAGAACCAGGCGCCUUUUUCUUCUUCUUGUUCUUGUCCUACGUGCUCACACUGACUAUGAGCAUGUUGUUCCGUUGUAUUGCCUCUGUGUCAAGAUCCUUGAUUCAAGCACUGGUACCGACGGCAGUAUUGAUGAUUGCCAUCGUUGUCUAUACUGGCUUCGUCAUUCCUGUAAAUUACAUGCACGGUUGGGCUCGAUGGAUCAAUUAUGUCAAUCCGACUGCAUACGGCUUCGAAGCCUUGAUGGUCAAUGAAUACAGUCACCGGGACUACCCUUGUUCGACAUUCGUACCUCCAGCGCCUCAAUUUGGGAACGGAUCCUCGGUCCGCCAGAUAUGUUCCGUUGUCGGUGCUGUCGCAGGACAGACUACGGUCAACGGCGAUGAUUACAUCGGCAUCUCGUAUGAAUACUACAGGUCGCACAAAUGGCGAGACGUCGGAAUUCUCUUCGCCUUCAUGAUCUUCCUUCUGGUUGUGUACUUGGGAGCUACUGAGCUCAUCCAGGCCAAAAAAUCCAAGGGCGAAGUUUUACUGUUUCGUCGAGGUCAUAAGCCCGCCUUCCUAAAGGAGCGAACCUCCGACGAUGAGUCCGCAGCUACUGAACCGUCUGUCGCGCUUGAGCGCCAGCAGACUAAAGACGAAGAAUUGACACGUCAGGUUUCGGCAGUCAUUCAGAAGCAAACGUCGAUAUUCCAGUGGAGAAACGUGUGUUAUGACAUCAAAAUCAAAGGUCAACCUCGGCGCAUCCUCGACCAUGUCGAUGGUUGGGUCAAACCGGGCACCAUGACAGCUCUAAUGGGUGUUUCAGGCGCUGGCAAGACCACUUUGCUCGACUGUCUGGCCACACGCGUUACCAUGGGUGUCAUCACCGGAGAGAUGCUGGUAGAUGGAAAGCAACGUGACGAGUCGUUCCAACGAAAAACUGGCUAUGUGCAGCAACAAGAUCUACACCUACAGACGUCCACCGUGCGAGAAGCCCUUCGAUUCAGUGCUCUAUUGCGACAACCACGAGAUGUGCCACGAGCUGAGAAGAUUGCAUAUGUUGAGGAAGUCAUCAAACUGCUCGACAUGCAGGAGUAUGCUGAUGCAGUCGUCGGCGUUCCGGGUGAAGGCCUCAACGUUGAGCAGCGUAAGCGCUUAACCAUUGGUGUUGAACUGGCUGCUCGCCCCCAACUACUCUUGUUCCUUGACGAGCCAACUUCAGGCCUUGACUCACAGACAUCUUGGUCCAUUCUUAAUCUCUUGGAAAAACUUACGAAGGCUGGCCAGGCCAUUCUCUGUACCAUUCAUCAGCCGUCUGCCAUUCUUUUUCAACGAUUUGACCGACUAUUGCUCCUGGCCGCGGGUGGUAAAACGGUCUAUUUUGGGCCUGUAGGCAAAGACUCCCACAUUCUGAUCGAUUAUUUCCAGAAGAAUGGAGCUCCCAACUGCCCUCCGGGGGCCAAUCCGGCUGAAUACAUGCUUGAAGCUAUUGGUGCUGCACCUGGUUCUCACUCCGAUGUCGAUUGGUUCGAAACCUGGCGGACCUCGCCUGAAUAUCAGGAGGUUCAACGUGAGCUCGACGAGAUGAAGGCGGAACGAUCACAGAUCGAAAGACCUGAAACCGCAAACAAAAGUGAUUAUUUCGAAUUCGCUGCUUCUUUCGGUCUGCAAUUCUGGGAAACUCAAAAACGAGUCUUUGAACAGUACUGGCGAACACCUGAGUACAUCUAUUCGAAAAUGAUUCUUUGCGCGCUGACUGGUCUCUUCAUUGGUUUCUCGCUCUUCAAGGCACCCAACACUCAACAAGGGCUCAACAAUCAGCUCUUCGGUAUCUUCAUGUUGCUCGUCUUGUUCUCACAGCUCGUUCAACAGAUCAUGCCAUUAUUCGUCACUCAACGAAGUCUUUACGAAGCCCGAGAACGACCAUCCAAGACCUACUCUUGGAAAGCCUUUAUGCUCUCGAACAUUCUGGUGGAACUUCCAUGGGCGACUCUGGGAGCGGUGGUCUUGUUCUUCUGUUGGUACUACCCUAUCGGCCUGUACAAUAACGCCGCAUAUACCGACUCGGUCACAUCUCGUGGCGGCUUGGAAUUCCUUUUUGUGUGGGCGUUCAUCUUAUUCAGCAGUACUUUUGCUCACUUUAUGAUUGCGGGGAUUGAAACGGCAGAAGCAGCCUCUAACCUGGCCAAUGUACUCUUCUCCUUAUGUUUGCUGUUCAAUGGUGUCUUGGUCGGACCAAACGCCAUGCCCGGGUUCUGGAUCUUCAUGUACCGAGUCUCACCCUUCACCUACUUGGUCUCCGGUCUCCUUGCGAACGGUAUCGCUCAUGCACCAGUGUACUGUGCCAACAACGAAUACCUCCACUUCAGCGCACCUUCAGGUCAGACCUGCGGCGAAUAUCUGCGACCCUACAUCCAGAGUGUGGGCGGAUACCUGGUCGAUCCCGAUGCUUCGCAGUGUCAGUACUGUUCCCUGGAUAACACCGAUACUUUCUUGGCGUCGGUGAGCAUUCAUUUCUCGGAAAGAUGGAGGAAUUUCGGAUUGAUUUUCGUUUACAUCGGGUUCAACGUGAUCGCCGCAACAUUCAUCUACUGGCUGGCGAGGGUUCCAAAGGGCAAAAAAUAUGCAGGCAAAGAUGAGCAGAAGGGCCUGGUCAAGACUGCAAGUCAUGCCUCAGGAGCACCACAAGUCGACCAUGUGUUUGAAAAGGAGACAUCAACGGACAGCACAGAGAAGGGUUCAUCAACGCCUGGGCAAUCGAAGGCCGAAGACGAUGGGCCGCCUCCGAGGAACCCCCCAGAGAUUACAGAGAGCGAAAAGGCCCCUGUGAUAUAUGAGCCCAUCAAGACUCAUGUUGAUGACCCUUCGUCGCAGACGACAACGGCGGAAGAGAAGGGUCAUGAUGCAUCUGGUGCUGCGACAUCUUCGGAUCGACCUGGCCCAGAACGAUUCGUAACUGCGAGCGAGUUUUGA